AUGGAAGCUAUAUUAAAUUUCAAUGAGCCUUUCAAUGUUGGCCUGUUGGACAUGGUUAUUGAUUGUCUCUACAGAGGUUCUCCUCAAGAGAUCCAAUCGGCACAAAGAGUUCUCACUCAGUUCCAAGAACAUCCAAGUGCUUGGACCCGAGUCAAGCAAAUCUUGGAAACAUCAAAUAAUGAAAAUUCAAAGUUUUUUGCGCUUCAAGUGCUGUUAAAAGUUGUUCAAACAAGAUGGAAAAUUCUUCCUCAAGAUGAACGAGAAGGAGUGAAAAACUUUAUUGUGAUUACUGUGAUUAAUUGUUCAAAAGACGAGGCAUACUUUAGAAGUCACAAACUUUUCAUCAAUAAGCUUAACGAAGUUCUCGUAGCAAUUGUGAAACAAGAAUGGCCUCAAAAUUGGCGUAAUUUUAUUCCUGAAAUUGUCAACUCGAGUCCUUCGAAUGAAAAUCUAUGCGAAAAUAAUAUGAACAUUCUCAAGCUUUUGAGCGAGGAAGUGUUUGACUUUUCGGCAGGAAAAAUGACUCUCAAAAAGAUGACCCAACUCAGUGAAAGCUUCCGAAAUGAAUUUUCCUUAAUCUAUCAACUUUGUGAGGCCAUUCUACAGGGCGCACAAAAACCUUCGCUACUUAGCGCUACUUUACAGACUUUAUUGCGAUUUUUGAACUGGAUUCCUCGUCCUUACAUUUUUGAAACGAAUAUGCUCGAAGUUCUCAUUACCAAAUUUUUACCAGUCCAACAGUUUAGAAAUGACACACUGAGUUGCCUCACAGAGAUUGUAAGCAUGAUAGAUCCAAAAUAUGAUGAAAAGUUUGAAUUAAUCUUUGUUUUUGUUAUGAGGGUUAUGCCAAAUAUCCUUCCACCUAGCACCAAUUUACCUAGCGCGUACAAGAAUGGUAGCGACUAUGACCAAAAGUUCGUUCAAAUUUUAGGGCUCUUUUUAACAUCCUUCUUCACAAACCAUUUGGCUGUAGUAGAAAAGGAUCAACACACACAGCUUGUACUUGAGGGACAUCAAUAUCUUGUUGAAAUUUCCAAAGUUGAUGAAACUGAAAUUUUCAAGAAUUGUCUCGAUUAUUGGAUUUAUUUCUCGAGAGACUUGUACUUUUCCGAGAAGAAGGCCAAUCAAACUACACUCUAUGAACCUCUGAUGCUAAAUAGACCUACUUCUGCAAGAAAAGCAAUUUACUCACGAAUUCUCUCACAAGUGAGGCUAGUAAUGGUAUCAAAGAUGGCCAAACCAGAGGAGGUGAUCAUCGUUGAGGAUGAGAAUGGACAAAUUGUGAAAGAGUACAUGAAAGAUGUUGACGCCAUUCAACUUUACAAGAGUAUGCGUGAAGCUUUAAUUUAUUUGACUCACUUGGAUUACAUAGAUACUGAGAAAAUCAUGUUGGAGAAACUGCGUGCUCAACUCAACGGAUAUGAAUGGUCUUGGCAUAAUUUGAACACGUUGUGUUGGGCUAUCGGUUCAAUCAGUGGUGCUAUGGAGGAAAAAGAUGAAAAGAGAUUUGUUGUGACGGUAAUCAAGGAUUUGUUGAACAUGUGUGAAAUGAAAAAAGGCAAAGAAAACAAAGCUGUAGUUGCCUCCAAUAUCAUGUAUGUGGUGGGUCAAUAUCCAAGAUUUUUGAUUGCGCAUUGGAAAUUUUUACAAACCGUUGUGAACAAGUUAUUUGAAUUUAUGCAUGAAAAGUUCCCUGGAGUGCAAGAAAUGGCCUGCGAAACCUUUGUGAAACUCGCUCAAAAAUGUAAGAGAAAGUUUGUUCAACGUCAUCAGGGAGAAGAUAUCAUGUUCUUGGAGAGAAUUCUCCGAAACUUGAAAUCAAACAUUUCAGAUCUAGAACCUGCACACAUUCAUGUUUUCUAUGAAGGUGUUGGUUACAUGAUUCAAGCAGCUUUACCAGCUGAUCAAGAGCGACUUCUCCAAAUGCUCAUGUCCAUGCCCAACACAAAAUGGCAAGCCAUCAUGACUUUUGCAGCACAAAACGUUCAGUCUCUCACAGAUACCACAGUUCUGAAAGAAUUGACCAAUAUUUUGAAAACCAAUGUUGCCACAUGCAAAUCAGUGGGUCAUGCUUUCAUCCAUCAAAUGAAGUUUAUCUUUAGAGACAUGCUGUCUGUGUACAAGGCAUACAGCCAAUUCAUUUCUGAUGAAAUCCAAAAGAUUGGUACGAGAGCAGCCUCCCACAGCAACGUCAGAGCAAUGAGAGCCAUUAAGAGAGAAACUUUAAAGCUCGUAGAAAGCUUUAUUGCUAACACUGACGACACCCAAAUGUUAGUCACUUCCUUCUUACCUCCACUUUUGGAUGCCACUCUUGGUGACUACAAGGCAAGUGUGCCCGACGCAAAAGAUCCUCAAGUAUUGACACUCCUUUCUGUUGCCAUGGACAAACUUCAAACAGCCAUCGAUCACUACCUUCCAACAAUUUUAGAAUAUGUACUUGAAUGUACACUUCCAAUGAUUACCACAAACUUUGAGGACUAUCCUGAGCACAGAAUGAAUCUUUUCACCUUGUUAAAGUCAAUCAACAAGAAUUGCUUCCAAUCAUUCUUGCACAUUCCUCCCAAUGGAUUCAAAUUGAUUGUAGACUCUAUUCUAUGGGCUCUCAAACACACUCACAGAAAUAUUUUCGAAACAGGACUUGGCAUUUUACAAGACAUGCUUUCAAACAUUGAACACAUCAAUAAUGAUGGACUGAGGAAUGAAUUCUACAGCAAAUUUUACAUUCCCAUCUUUGAUGAUGUUCUUUAUAUUUACACAGAUACAUUGCAUCAGUCUGGUUUCAAGAUGCAAACUACUAUUAUUCACCAUUUACUUUAUGUAAUUGCCACCAACAAGAUAACGGUACCACUUACUGAAAAUCAACAGAUGCCCAACGAUGUAUUCGUUAAGAAGCACAUUCAUGAUGUUUUAAUUGAAAGCUUCAAGAACCUCAAUUCCCAAUAUUUACAGCAAUUUAUUAUUACUCUCUUUGGAUAUAUUCAUCAAGAGAAAGAAUUCACAAAUUGCUUGCGUGACUUUUUAGUGACUCUUCGAGAAUAUCAAGGAGAGGACGCGGAUACCAGCGAUUUGUUCUUUGAAGAGAAGCAAAAGAAAGAAUUGGAACAACGAGAAAUUAGAGCAGCCGUUCCUGGUUUGGAUUCAGUUGUGGUGAAUGAAUUUGCACCAUCUCAAGACGACGAUGUUGUGUAA